AUGUUCAAGCAACACCUGUUAAUUGCUUCCUUUCUUUCGUUAGUAUCGGUUGUUCAUUGCAAGCCAUACAUAUUACUCACGAGUAGCCGAAACAAAUGCUUCAAUGUUGUUGCUCCUCCAAGUGAAACAAUUGAAAUCACCUAUGAAGCUCCAGAUGUCGAUGGUGUUCAAUUUGAUCCGCAAAAUGCAGCUAAAAUGGAUGGGUCGAAUGAAGAAUCAUCAUUCGGUAAAGACGGUCUGGAUUCAGCUUUCAACAAACGAAUGCAGCGAAAACUGGAAAGGUUUGGGACACCAGGUUUAACAUUAACAGUAUCACAGAAAUUGCAGAACCAAGUACCAAUCGAGAAUCGUAAUGACGAAAAGGGCAGAUCCUAUGGAGUUGGGCGUAUGCGUGAGGAUUGUAAGAAAGAAGGGUCGCUAUUAUUUCAAACGUCAGAAGGUGAUGGGAUUGUAAACGUCUGCAUUCAUGCCCUUGGUGCCUCUAUCGAUAAACCGAUGCGCAUUUACAUCAAUGUUGUCGUUGAUGAGGACAAGGCAACAGACUCUUAUGAGCCAGACAAGGAAGCAAUGAUGAAGCAAGCUGGAGAGGUCAAGGAAACCAUGACCAGACUCGAAAGGGAUUUCCAAUCAUUAACAAAUCGAGUCAGAACGAUUAGCAACAGCGCAGAUUACAAUAAAGAGCAGGAGGUGGAAUUCCACGAUCAUUCAGUCUCCAUGAAUCGAGCUGCAUCGUACUGGCCAAUAAUUCGGCUCGUUUUUCUUAUAAUUACUGGGAUCGCCCAAGCCAACCACAUUAUUGGCUUUAUGAAGGCUCACCGAAUAAGUUAA